UGCAUCAGAGAUGAAACCCCAUUAAAGUAAGGUAUGGGGAGGGUUAUUGCAUGCAGCCUAACUUCUGAACUUUGGGGAGGCUGUUUCCAUGACGCGAUCCUCGGGCCUUCAAAAUAAAUGGGAGUCAACCUCCAGGCCCACCCUCUUUUCUAUUCAAUUUUGAAUUCCUUAAUUUUUUAAUAAUAUCAUGCUUUUUUUAUCUUUUUUUGCUAUAUUUUACCAGCAAUUUAACAGAUUUCUUUGAUUAAUGUAAUAGAUUGCUGACAACAGCAGAUAUCUCCAUUCUGGGCCGCCUUUCAUCAUUCUUCUCCAUCCUGCGUUAGGUCCUCUUUGGGAAGUUACCAGACAAAAGUUCUACGGCGGCUCUAUUUCUGAAGGUUCUGAAUUGCAGGUAGAGGUGGCAGAGUUCUCGUGGAGAAAUGUUCAGCUUAAUGGAAGCUUUCUUAUAGUUGCUGAAAACGUUAUGGGUUCAACUAGAAACGAGCAUGGCGAGCCGAUAUUGCAUUAUGGGCACAGAUGUGGGAGAUGUAAAUUAGAAAAUGUUAAGAUUUUGAAUAGAGGGGUCGAUUGGUUGUGUGCAAAAAAUGUCUAUUGGAGCCUGGAUAUUAAGCGGAUUGAGAUGCUUAAGGUUCAGCUACACGGUAAUGCUGAAUUUGAGGCAACCAAUGUUGUCUUGGAGGGUAAUCAUGUGUUUGAUGUACCGGAUGGCUACAGAAUGCAUGUCGUUUCAAGUGAUGCAGGUUUUGAAGUAAAAUUGGACCCUAUAAAAGAUGAAAUGAUGGAGAGGGGAAGCUGGUUUUGGGAAUACAAAAUGAACGGUUCCCACAUUCAACUACAAAAGAUUGAGCUUUAGGCUCUCCGAGCUUCAGCUGUGGCUUGCGGAUUGCUAACAAGUAGCGUUCUCACUUUGCUAAUUCCGGUUCUUGAUUGCCAAACAGUUCAACUUCUUGUUGUACUGUUGCUAUUUGAAUUUUAAAGACCUUGCUUACCAUUUAAUUAUGGAGCUAUCAUUCCAUUUACAGAUUAUGAUAGAGAUGUAAAUUAGUAGUUUAUGUUGGUAUCAAAAUUGUAACCAAGUGACAAAAAUAUCUCUAAUGUAUUAUAAAUAAAUUUGAAUUUUGCUUCUCAUGAAACUGGAAAAUAUAACUGAAUAAGCAAAGGUAUUGAUCCA